AUGGCGGAUGUUCUCCACAAAGCGAUAAGAGCUAUGUCAAUUGAGGAUGAAGAGGAACCUCUCACGCUACCAGACGAACCCCGAUUUCGCGUUUUUGAUGAGAAUGAGACAAGCCUUUUAGAGCGCUUGCUCAAUCCGGACUAUCAAUCCAUGUCUCGAAUGAUAGAGUAUAUGAUGACGGCGUGGAGAGUCUACGAUCGUUUUCAAGGGAUUGCGCUCUCAAGGGAUAGAUUUCAGUUUAUUUUCCAGAGGGAAGAGGACUUGCAGACUGUACUCAAAGACCGUCCUUGGUCUUACAAUCAUUGGACUAUAGCCCUUGAGAGAUGGACGGCUAACCCUCCUGAUGAUUUCUUGAAGAUGAUGGAUCUAUGGAUCCGUAUAAGGCAUAUUCCGGUGAACCAUUUCACUAGUGAUACUAUGUAUCGCCUUGCUUCAGAGGUGGGCAAAGUUGAUGUCAUUGCCUACGACCCUAAGGUCUCUCAGACUAAGGAUUACAUCAGAGCUAAAGUGUGUUUCAACCUGGAGAACCCGGCCAAGGCAUCUAGGAAGAUGAACAUCAAAUCAGGGGGUACAGUGAUCACAGAAUUUGAGUAUGAGAAAAUUCACAAACGAUGUUUUCACUGUCUUCGCCUCACCCAUGAGAAGAUUCGAUGCCCUUUGCUUCGUCAGGGAAAUAUUAAAGAUAAGCAAGCUCAGGAUGUGCAACAAGGUAGCAACCAAGCCGCUCAAAUUGCGAAACCGUUGAUGAUAGCAGAGGGUCCUCCGGGGUUUCCUCCAUUGUUCCCUGAGCUAUCAAAACAGGAUCAAAAGAUGGCUAUGCUAUAUAUCUCCCAUGCUAAUGAAACUGAGCGCAGAGCCAUGAUUAAGAGAGUUAAGCAAGGGAUAGCAGAUAGCACUAUAGAGACCUCGAUACGCCUUACCAAAAUUACUAAUGAGUUGGAUAAGGGUAAAGGCCACCACCUGCAACAAGAUGAAAAGGAAGUCAUCUCCUCCUCCCUCUUCCUAAGAAACCAAAAUCCCAAAGUUCAUAGAACCUACGGUGGCUUCCGUAUUGAAGCCGCUGCUUCCCCAAUGAGCAUCUUGAGUUGGAACUGUCAAGGAGCAGGAAGCACCGAGACAGUUCAGCAAAUACGGGAGUAUCGUCGCAAAUAUUUCCCAGAUUUCUUGUUCUUGAUGGAAACAAAACAAAAGUUUGAGUAUGUUAAUGGUUUGAGGAAAAGCUUGGGUUAUGAUCAGUUGAUUACGGUGAAGCCGGAGGGUUUAAGUGGUGGUCUUGCAGUAUUGUGGAAAGAUAGUUAUCAGGUGGAGGUGUUGGCUACAGAUAAAACAAUUAUUGAUUUGAAGGUCUCUUUGGGAUCGACAUUCUUUUUCUUAACAUGUGUCUAUGGCGACCCGGUUAAGGCCAAGAGACGGGAGGUCUGGGAUCGACUGGUGAACAUUGGUUUGAGGAGAGAUGAAGCUUGGAUGCUGGCUGGCGACUUUAAUCAGCUUCUCUCUAAUGAGGAAAAAAGUGGAGGUGUUGUACGAGAAGAAUCAAGUUUUUGGGAUUUUAGAGACAUGGUUCAAAAUUGUAAACUUAAGGAAAUUUGGCACACUGGAAAUUGGCUCUCUUGGGCUGGCUGGAGAGAUAAAGUAUGGGUACAGUGCAGGCUGGAUAGAAGUUUCGGAAAUAGUGAAUGGUUCUCACUGUUUCCUCGCUCUAAUAUGGAGUAUUUGGAAUUAUGGGCUUCUAACCAUCACCCAAUUAGAAUCUGCUUUGCUCUUGAACGAGAUGAUCCGACAAGGAGUAGGUUCUUCUUUGAUAAAAGGUUGCUUUCCAGAAAAGGGUUUGAAGAUCUAGUACGUCGGAGCUGGGAAGGUGACAGUGAGACUCACUCUUGUACGAUGGAUCGAAUUGUUCGGUGCAGACGUAAGAUCAUGGAGCUGAAGAAACGAGCGAACCUCAACUCUAGGCAUAAAAUCGUGCGGCUGAGAACCUUACUAGAACAGGAAGUAGCAAAGAUAUCUCCUGCGUAUAGGCUGAUGCAGAAACUUAAACAGGAGCUUGCGGCUGCACUUCGAGAGGAGGAACUGAUCCAGAACAGAAUUCUUAUGUUACUGGAUGACUCUGAUCAAGAGCAUUUCUCUGAAGGGGCCAAGGGUAACAUCGCUGUGGAGUUUUUCAGAGACUUGUUAACAAGUUCCAACCCCUAUGACUUAGAAACUUUGUUUCACGGUUUCAACAAUAGGGUGACAGAUGCCAUGAAUGUGCACCUUACUGCUCCAGUAUCAUCGGAAGAGAUCAAAGCUGCAGCUUUCAGUGUUAAAGGUAAUAGCGCACCAGGAGAGGACGGCCUUACGGGAAUCUUCUACCAUAAGUUCUGGCAUGUAGUAGGUCCUUCGUUGUCAGCAGAAAUCAGCCAGUUCUUCAACACAGCGAUCAUACCGGAGGGUUGGAAUCAUACCUAG